ACAAGAUGGGUUGAAAGGGUUUCUGCCAAAAAGAAAAAAAAAUUGUUUUGUGUGGAAGGGAAGACUGUCACCAUGUUGUGUCUCCGAGAGCAAGCACUUUCUUGGAGUUUGAAUUGAUAUUUUAAUUUGUGUGGAUCGAGUUCAACCUUCCAAUAAACACUUUUAUUUCCCAAUAAAACGACGAAUUCUCUGAGAGACUUUUUUUGUUGAUAUUAAUUUCCUUUUGAAACCGGGAAUGCCGUGAAAUUGACGAGUCGAUAUUUUGUUCUCUUCGCUGUGAUUCGUUUAAUGGCUUUCAUGUUUGUGGUGAUGGGUAGUGAGGGGGACAUUUUCAGUAGAAGGCAGUCCACUUCUUUAACGUGCAUUCCAUGGACUGCUUGGUCCUGUAAAAACUACGAGCAAGCGCUAGAGAUCACGGGGGAAAACCUGGAGGAUCUGCUGGCUUAUGACGAUCUCUUCCUGGAUUACUUCAAUGCUUUUUUGUCCUUGCCAGUUUUCCCCCAGCCUAUGAGGUACAAUCGUCUAACCGGUGAUUUCGAAGAUGCCUCCAAGCAUCUUCACAGGGAUUCCUCCAGUGUAAGUUCAUCGUCCAGUGAAGGCAACAAUUUACCUUACGGAACCACAGACAGUGAAAGGGAUAAGCUUCUGGAAUGGGCAAGGGAAGAGCGACUACCUCUCUUUCUCAGUACACAGUUAUUCAGGGAAUUCAAACUAUGCAAACUCUUGUUACGGCCACUGGAUGACAGAUAUUCGGCUAGUCGUAAUUCCAGUAACCAGUUACGAGGUUACAGCCGUCAGUCAGAGAGUUACGUUUCCAGCCUCAGUAACAGUGCUGACAACAGCGGUCACGAUGAAAUUGACGAGGAGGAGAUGGCCGCCAUGCAGAGUCAGUUCCAGAACUCCACACUGUUCAAGUAUCAGCGCCCUGGGAGCAGGGCCGUCAGUAUGCCCACAAGGCUAGACUUUGAAGCCGAGUUCUAUGUCCAAGGAAGCACAGCCACCCCAGGGACCCAAGAACCCCCACCCUCAGAAACCAUGCCCAAAAGUGCCUCCUUCAAGAAGAAAAUCAGGGAAAUAUCUGACAACGAUAAAGAGGAAGACAUUCCAGAGAGGAAACCAUCAGUUGUCAAGUUUGAUCCUGUGACCAGCGAUGUAAAAAAUAAACGCUCUGCACAAAAAGAGAGGCGACAGAAAUCAGAGGCAGAAGAAGCAUUUAUGAGGCAUGCUAGAGUCCUCUCGGCGCCUCUGAACUAUGCUGACUACAUGCGGCACCCGAUGUUUGGGGAUUUUGAUUUUCUGUUCGGUGAAGAUGAGCCUGACCCAGAUGGGCGGGUGUAUGUCUCAUUCCAAGACGAACGCGUCAGUGAGGAACAGACUGAGACUGACGUCAAAAACAUGGAAGGCAGGCUGAAAAUGUCACUUCAGCAACUGAAGGAGCAAGUGCUAGGAAAGCAAAAUAGUAUGGAAGGCUUCAAAGAGUUUCUGUCAGAUACAGCUGGUAUUCAUCUACUGAAUUUCUGGCUAGAUUGUGAAUAUUUCAAAGAUGCUAUGGAGAACUUUGAUGAGAUCGUUAACAUGGAUAUCAGGAACCGUCUGUUCAGGGAUAUCCAGGACAAAUACAAGCUGAAUUUGACAGAGGAGGCGCGUGAUCAGAUCACCAAGGCCUCUUGUAACUCCUCCCUCAGUCACACGGUCUUUAUUCGCACGCAGUACGAUGUCCUGCGGAGACUGCGAGCUUACUGGGUACCCAGAUAUCUCAUCCACAUGGAGCGGCUACGUGAGCUCAGAGCUAUUGGUAGUGUUAUGGGUAUAAAGGGUAUCAGAGUAGAUAACUCUUCCCGGAAAAUUACGCCUUUCCUGCCGUCCAUCUCUCUAGUCAACUCCAUGCCUGUCCGUCCAGACGAUGUACUAACCUACUCCAAGACCAAGAGCUGGGACUUCCUGAGUAAGGGAGGCCGGAAGCUGGACUCCAGGAUCUCCUCUGCCAAGCUCAAGCCCGCCUUGCACCCACCAUCACCAGUCAAAUUGACCAAAGACAGAUUUUUGGUUGCCUUAACUUCAGACAAGGUGGCAGGUGGUCCAUUCCAAAGAUUCCUGGAGAAACAAGAGGAUCGACGCCUUGUGUCGUGUCUGCUGUUCUGGCAGGAUGUGACGGACUACGGGAAAGAGGAGGACCGUUCCGCGGAUAGACUGCUCCGGCUGUGUCACGCCUGGAACAUCUACAACCUGUACUUCCCGGACGGAUCAAACUAUCCCAUAGGUGCCACUGAUCUAGAGAAAGCUCUCCUACAUCACACACUGCUCAAUGCAAAGGACUUCGUAGAAGCUAAUAUCUUCACGUCGGCUAAAGCACGCGCUGUGGAGUUGUUGGAGGAAAAUUGGAUUACUUAUCUGAAGGAAGAUUUAAAGACCUUUUUAGAUGCCCAUGUUAGAAAUGGAGCCCAGAGUCCUCCAGAAUCUACUGAUGUGAUAGACAUUGUGGUGACCAAUGAUGAGUUGAUUAUCACAAGACCCGACCCAUGGGUCAAAAGAAGGGAUGAAGUACCAAUUGUUUUGGAGGCAGAAAGAUUGACCUCUUCAGGGUGGUGUACCCACAAUUCAUCUCGAAAACAAAACCAUAUAAUUCCUACGACUGACUCGGAGAGAGACGCCAGGCUAAGAGCUGCCUUGAGGUCUGCUGAUCUGCUUGGACCCGAGGAAAGGGCAGAGCGGAGGGCAAAAGCCAGGGCCAAGAGGAAGGAGAUGGAGCGGGAAAGGAAGAAGGCCAUACGGGCCGCUUACAGGAGGGUGAAGGAGGCCAAGAGGAAAAAGGAACCAGAGAAAGAGGAUGAGGAGGACAUGGAGUUUGACAUUGAUGGAGAAAAGAAACCGUCCAAACCACCUCCCCCAUUUGUAGAAAUGCUCCAUAACAAACAGAUUAUGACUAAUUUCAAGAAGAGUCUAGCUGAGUCGGAUGAGAAGGAAAGAGCAAACAUGGUGUACCUGUAUUUUGAUAUUGAGAACUACCUGAAUUUAGGCAACAGCAAAAGUGAGGUCAAGAAAAAAGACUCGCUGGCUCAAAAUCUAUACAAAUCUUAUAUUGAUGCUCAAGGGAAGAAAAAAGUGAAUUUUAGUGAAAAAUUGAACUCUAAAAUGUCUGAAAGACCAAAAUCUCCAGUCAUAAAGGAUAUGCAGCAUUAUAUUUUGCCAAAAAUAGAGGAAUCAUUUAAAUCCUACAUCAUUGAAAAGGCCAAUGAACAUGGUAUGGAACCCAGGGAGUUUGCCAAUUUAUCACAGGCAGAGCUGUCUUUACGCAUGGGAACGGAUGCCUCGCUCAUGGGCGGAACAUGGAAAAAGGGUCGCAAGGGCAAGGAUGAUUACGAUGAGGAUAUGGACUUUGAGACCGAGGCAAUAAAGGGGGUUGGAAGUGGUAAAAAAAUGGAAUUUGGGCCGGGGGUUACAGUAAAUUUUCUAGAACAUGAAAUAAAAAAGCGAAGUGGUCAGAGGCGUGUCCGCUUUGCCAGACCUGACGGAUAUGUAGACCAUGAUUCAAGUUUCGGGAUGCAGGAUGAAACGACGUACACUGGUACCAGCAGAGAUCAUUCCUCAUCGCAAUUUGACGAACCUCCUUCGUCAAAAUUAUCCAACAGGCGCGGGCGAAGGUUAAAGACUGGUCGAGCCCAGCCCAACAAGGAGGAUAAGGACGAGUUCUUCAAGUCCCUGAAGCAGUCGGCCGGGGGUCACCUGACACUGCCCAUGCUGUUCUUCUACAAGUACCUGCUGAAGCAUGGUGAGGAGGACGGGAGUCCGCUCAUUGACAAGGACCUCUUCUUCUACAUAGAAGUCCAGAAGUUCAAGGAUGCCAACCAUGCUCACUCGGAUGAGGAACUUCUGAGAAAGAAAGUGCAAUCCAUAAUGGAGUGUUUCUUGGAUUCUGUGACUAGUCCCACACUACAGAUUGACAUCACACCUCAACUUCAAGAAAAAUCCAUCAAGGCGGCUCAGAGAUACUUGGCCGGUAAGGAUGUGGUGGCUAACCUGUUUGACGAGGCCCAGUUGGCGGUGUUUAAAGAGCUGCUCCCAUACUGGGCUGGGUUUAGGCGUGGCUUCCAGCCCCCGGAGGAUCCUGCAAAGAGACCAGUGACAAAAUACCAGAAAAUGCUAAAGAAGAGGCUGGACAACAUUGAGAACUAUGAGAUUCCCAAGGAGGACUUCACCUUCCCUUCAAUCCCAGAUGGAUCUAUUGCUGCUUAUACCUUCUCUUUGUCUGAUGGAGUCCGAUGGAGGAGAGAAGGAGUGAGGGAUUGGGAAGUGUCAUCUGAUGAAGCAGGAAGCAUUCUAGGAAGUCCGAUGGACCGUUCCGAAACAGCCACCACUAGAGGGGGAACCAGUCAGAAAACAUUAGACCAGCUCAAAAAGAGGCGGAAAUCCCACAGUUUACUAAGUGUACCACCAGGUGGCGUCAUGACGAGGAAUAACACAGAGUCGAGUACCAGCAUAUCGGUGAAGGAGUGAGGACGUCGGGUGAUAUUUGUGCUACUGAUUGUUUUAUGUGAUAUCUUGAGCUUUACGGACCUGGUGUGAUAUCUCAAGUCUUUCUUUGUUUAUUGCUUAAUAUUUUAUUAUUCUUAUUGAUAAUAAAAUGAAAUAUUGUUAUAUUUA